AAUGAUCUGCGACUUGCCAUGCGAUUUUAUGUGUCCAAAGUGGCAUGACAAGAUGCACAAGAGCAAGGGCGGACUGACAACUCAUGGGGCCCCCGGGCAAUAGGGGAUCAUGGUGCCCCUGUGUCCUUGCCCAAACUCAAAAAAGCCUAUGAAAAAGGUACCAGGGGCAUCUCAUGGGGCCCCACUACUGACCCUGGGCCCUCGGGCAGUGCCGAGUUUCCAAAUGGUCAGUCCGCCCCUG